UCUGAGGAGAUGGCUUCCGUCAACCUCAACGCCAUGAAUGUCCUCCCUAAGGAGCGUCGCCCUUGGGUCCUCACCUUCUCUUAUGGCCGUGCCCUUCAGGCUUCUACCAUCAAGACUUGGGCUGGUAAGGCCGAGAACACCAAGGCUGCCCAGGCUGUCUUGCUCGCCCGCGCCAAGGCCAACUCUGAGGCUCAGCUCGGUAAGUACCAGGGUUCUUCCGAUGCCACUGCCAACGAGUCCAACUAUGUCAAGAACUAUGUCUACUAAGCUCCUUGACGUUCGUUCCUAGAUGGUAGAGUGAGGUCUUGUGAUGAUGGACUAGUCUGCGAAUGACUGAGUCGCGUUUUACGCAUUCGAGUUCCUUGUUCUAUACAUUAAUGGUUUCUCUCUAAUAUUCGACGCCUGGAAGGGUUGUCACAAACCGUGUAGCACGACU